UUUAAGAGCCAAUCCAAAGGGUUCUUGCGACGUCGCGCGACAUCCAAUUCCUUUCUCCUGCUCUUCCUCGGCGGGGUUAACGAUGGAGUCAGUGAGGCUCCGUUUAGUGUUUGGUCACAUUUUAAGCAAAUCGCACGAGACUGAGGGCCUGAAACGGUGUUGGAUUCUCCUAAAACCACAACUCCAAACCAUUUCUGAUCUCUCCUCCUAUCUCCUCCAUGUCUUCGACCUCCAAAACGACUGCCCUCGCGGUCUUAUACUUUCUAUGGAAGGGUUUGCUUUACCACCUUUUGAAUCGAUUUCUAUUUUGAAAGACAAGGAUAUCAUCCGAGUGGAAAAGAAUGGUGGGAUAUCUUCUGAAUUAUUGAUGGUAGGUGAUAAGGCUAAUUCUUUGGAGGUGUUAGAGAUUGUGGAAACUCGGCCUGUAGCUGCUGGCAUGAAUCUUCUGGCAAAAGAGGAAUUUGAGAAGGAAGCUGGAGGCUAUCGAAGUGAAGAUGAAGAGGACACACCAGAACAGGCGGAAGACGCAGUGGAGGUGGGAAAUGCUCGAGAAGUCCAAAAGGUUUCGAAGAAGAGAAAGGCAUCAAAGGAACUUAAGAGUUCAAAGAGGAAGAAAACUAAAUCUACUAGUGGUAAAAAAGGAGCAAUCGUGGAAGAUAUUGGAAAUAAUGUUUGUGAGGAGCAGAAUGGAACUUCGGGCACUGCCAUGGAUGAUGAAAGAAUUGAGAAUAUUAAAGCUCUACCCGUUGGAAAGAGGCUCUCUCAGCCUCAACAAAAUGGCAAUGGAACUGCAAGUGCAACGCCAACUUCUAGUGGAACUAAGAAGUUGCCUAGUAGAAGUGCUCGACGUAAGAAAGCCAAGAGGCAAUGGUUGAAGGAAAAACUGAAAGCUGAAAGGAAGGAGCAACAUCAGAGGCAGUUACUCGAAAAAAGUGAUCAACGGUCAUUUGAAAAGGGUAACCUGGGAGUCUCUGAAGUGUCUGCUGAAAAAGGAAAUCAAGAAGUUUCUGAAGUAGUACCUGCAAGAGAUAAUGAAAAACUUCAGGAAGACCAUCAACAGCUAGAUCACGAUAGUGAUGUAGAGGAUGAUGUUGUUCCCAUAGUAAUAAGGCCAGGACAUAUACGCUUUGGGCCGCUAAGGAAAGUGGAUGCUGAUCAGGCUGCAGAGCAAAAUCAAAUUCCUUUGGAGACCUUUCAGUGGAAUGGAACAACAAGCAAGAAGAAGGGUCAAAAAUGGGGUAAAGAAAAAGUUCCAUCUUACAAAAGGAAUGAUUACAAAAAUGUCAAUCAAGAGUGUUCCAGGACUCAAAUUUAUGGAGCGAGACCUAUAUCCACUCAUAUUGACUUUGAGAAGCUUGAAUUCUAUGCUAGCUUACCUAAGGAAGGUGAUGUGAUUGCUUACCGAUUGAUCGAAUUAUCAUCAUCAUCCUGGACCCCUGAACUUUCAUCCUAUCGAGCUGGGAAGAUAUCACGAUAUGACAUUGAGACCAAUAGGGUUUGGCUGGUACCAGUCCCAGAAUAUCCAAUGAUUCCUGUGAAGGAGAUUGGUGACGAUUCAUCUGCUGAACCAUCAGAAACAUCCUCUUAUGCAAGAGAUGGUUCAUUAUGGAUAGAGUUUUCAUCGCUUGUGGAAGUUCGCCUUGUCACCCUAGGCAACUUAAAUUCAGGGAAAUCAAUUGGAGUCUCUGUCAGAGGUCAAUAUACUGAUACUGAUACUGAAACAGGCGCCAAGUCCAACAAUGGCAGUGAAGCUCAUGCUUCUGACCGAGAAAAUGGAGAAGUAAAUGCGUGGGAAGAAAUUAAUCAGGCUUUGAAUGCAAAGAAGGAACAGCUAUCAGAGGAGGAUAACUGGAACAAGACCCCGGGUUCAGGCAGGAGGCCAUGGUCUUAUAAAGCCAUGAGAGGCAGCGCACUGGGUCCAACAGUGGCUUUGUUAAGAGCGCAAAAUGAACUAUGAACAAUUUUGUUUUGGAAAAGUUACUUUUGAGUUUUCACUUGUUAGGUCACUUGUUGAAGCUUGACUGGAGAUCAAGAGUCGAGCAUGAUUAAUGCAUAAUGAAUCACAGUUUUCCUUUCUA